AUGCAAUUUUUAAAGGUAAAUUCUCUAUUUAACAAAUUUCAAGGGAUAAGACAAUUUCGAGUAUUUGCAGCUUUAAAUGGGCAUCGCUGGUUCCCAGAUCCCGAAUUUAUGAAAAAAUUCGAAGGAGUGGCCAUCUAUCCAACUCCUGAAAUGGAAAAAUAUGGUAAAGUUAUCUGGAAUGGAAAAGUAAGUCCAAUUGAAAGAAAAUUAAAGAACAUGUGGAUUAACUUUGGUCCACAACACCCAGCCGCUCAUGGCGUCUUACGACUUAUUCUCGAACUGGACGGUGAAUAUGUAUUACGAGCGGACCCUCACAUUGGUUUUUUACACAGAGCCACUGAAAAGCUAAUGGAAAAUAAACAUUACAAUCAAAAUAUACCAUUCAUGGAUCGUCUUGAUUAUGUUAGCACGAUGUGCAAUGAAAUCGGUUUUGUUUUGGCUGUGGAAAAGUUACUCAAUAUAGAAGCCCCACCCAGAGCGCAGGCCAUCCGAGUUCUCAUGGGUGAACUUUCUAGAAUCGCUAACCAUCUGCUUAAUAUUUCUGGUACGAUUCUUGACGCGGGUGGUAUUACUCCAUUUUUUUGGAUGUGCGAGGAACGGGAAAAAAUUUAUGAACUGUUUGAAAGAGUCUGUGGAGCUCGCGUCCAUAACGCUUACAUGAGAGUUGGGGGAGUAAGUCAGGAUCUUCCGAUUGGAUAUCUUGACGACGUUUAUGAGCUUUGUGCGAAGAUGGGUGAACGCUGUGAUGAAACUGAAGAUAUUUGCACAGAGAAUAGAUUGUAUUACGAACGUACUGCUGGAAUCGGUGCUAUAAGCGCUCACGAAGCAAUAAGUCUGGGGUUCACAGGUCCUAUGUUGCGAUGUACCGGUGUGAAGUGGGAUUUAAGGAUAGCUCAUCCGUACAUAAAUUAUGAUCUGUAUGACUUCGACGUUCCAGUUGGUACCUUUGGUGAUAGUUAUGAUCGCCAUCUUUUGCGGUUAAUGGAAUUACGUCAGUCAUUAAGAAUUAUAAACCAAGUAUUAGAUUCCAUUCCUGCGGGAGAGGUGAGGACGGAUGAUUCUAAGAUCACGUUACCAACCAGAGCUGAAAUGAAAACUUCUAUGGAAUCGCUUAUUCAUCAUUUUAAAUUAUGCUCUCAAGGUUUUAAUGUGCCUCCAGGUUCUACGUAUGUUGCAAUAGAGUGUCCUAAAGGUGAAUUGGGUGUGUAUAUGGUCUCCGAUGGUACGUCCAAGCCUUAUAGAGUAUUUUUGAGACCUUGCUCAUAUCUUCAUUUAGCGGGAUUAGCUGUUAUGGGAAAAAGAAUGAUGCUUGCUGAUAUUGCGAUUCUAAUUGCUACUAUAGAUAUAGUAUUUGGUGAUAUUGAUCGUUAA